AUGGGGGACGACGCNCCUGUCUCUUAUACACAUCUCAGACACCCCCACGUCGUAAGCGGGGUGCGGAAGUAUCGUUGGGUCGUCGGCCCCCUCGCCGAGCGGUACGGCGUUGGUAGUGGAACAGACUUGCGGGAAAAAUGGGAACGUACCCAAAAAUGAGAAUGGGCGUUUGUUUUUAGAAAGCAAACCACGCCUUUGCAACUCCCCCCAUAAAAGUUGACAGUGCUGUAGGUCUUUACAGCAGCUUUCGAAUGAGCUGUUGCUCAAGCUGUAUGUCCUCGGCAUCGCCGAGGUAGCCAGCAUCGCGAGCAAUCAGGUCGAAACCAGCACGAAUCGCUUUUUGCGCCCAUGAG